UAAUUUGUUUUGAGAUUUUUUUGCUUUUAAUUUGAUAUGAAAAAAUAAACAAAUAUAGAAAAUUUAUUUGUUCAAAUCGUGUAUCGCACGAGACGUACUAAAGUGAGAUAAUUUUUGGUGGGAUUCGUCCCUCAUAAACAAUAUUACUUAUUUUAUUUUAUUUUAAAAUCAUUAAUUUAUUUAUAAACUUCAUUAUUUAUUCAUUUAUUUAUUUAUCGUGGUUGACUAUUGACUUAUAUAUUUUUUUUAAAGGGUUGACUAUUGGCUUAUAUUUAUAUAGGGACUUCUAUAUUUUAAUUAAUACUCAAUAUUAAUUUAAGACCCGAGCAUGGCUCGAGCAUUAUCUAGUUUUAUAAAAAAAAUUUAGCCAUAAUGUAAAUUUUAUUUUGACUUAUUGAUGCAAGUGUCGAUUCGGGUGAAUGUUUGGUCGUGUCAAGUUGGGUCAUUUCAUUUUAAGGCAGAUGAGGAUGUUAAAGGCUAGGUCAGUUUUUGACUUCUUUAUGUAAGUAUGUAAUAAGGCAAAAUUUUCAUAUGUAAGUACGUACAUUAUGAGUAGUAAUAUAACACAAUAUCAGCUUACCAUUAUUGUUACUGUUUCAGGAAUAUGGCCUGAAUCUCCAAGUUUUACCGAUGAAGGUCUUGGAGAGAUACCUCCAAGAUGGAAAGGAGCUUGCAUGGAAGGAUCCGACUUCAAGAAGUCUGAUUGUAACAGGAAAUUAAUUGGAGCAAGAAACUACAUCCAACAAGGCGGCUUUGGAAAAUACAGCAACUCCACAGCCACCAAGUCAAGUGAUUCAGCACGUGAUCACGACAGCCAUGGAACUCAUACAGCAUCAACUGCAGCAGGAGUCCAAGUUAUGAAUGCUAGUUAUUUUGGAUUAGCACAAGGCACGGCAAGAGGUGGUCUACCAUCUGCUAGGCUUGCAGUUUACAAGGCCUGCACAAUAGACAAUUGCUCUGGUUCCACAAUAUUGAAGGCUAUUGAUGAUGCUGUCAAAGAUGGUGUUGACAUAAUAUCAAUAUCUUUGGGCAUGGAUUUACUUUUACAAGCGGAUUUCUUGAGUGACCCGAUAGCCAUUGCAGCGUUUCAUGCAUAUCAAAUGGGGGUUAUGGUGGUAUGCUCAGCCGGAAAUAGUGGUCCUGACCCAUAUACUUCAGUGAAUACAGCCCCGUGGAUAUUUACUGUUGCUGCUUCCAAUAUUGACAGGGAUUUAGAAUCAACCGUGCUCUUAGGAAACAAUGCGAGUUUCAAUGGGUCUGGCAUCACGUUGUCAAAUCUUACUAUCUCUAGCCAGUAUCCACUAGCAUUCGCAGGAGAUAUGGCUUCUGCAUUCACCCCUUCAUCAGAAGCGAGCAACUGCUAUCCAGGAUCUCUGGAUCCUAAGAAAGUGGCUGGGAAAAUAUUAGUUUGUUUGAACAAUUAUCCUACUAUAUCACGGCGGAUAAAAAUGUUGGAGGUACAAGAUGCAGGUGCAAGGGGCUUGUUAUACAUCAGUAAUGUUGAAAAAGGUGUACCAUAUGAUUCAGGUUCUUUCCCAUUUAUACAAAUUGGAGAAGAUGAUGGAAUUCAGAUACUGAAGUACAUUAAUUCUACAAGGGAACCAACAGCGACAAUUUUGUCAACCGUCUCUGUGGAAAAAUACAAACCAGCACCAACUGUUGCAGAAUUCUCAUCAAGAGGUCCUGGCGAAUUCACUGAAAAUAUACUUAAGCCAGACAUUAUGGCUCCUGGGGUUGCAAUACUUGCAGCAAAUAUUCUAGAAAUUGAACCAGGACAAGAAUCUGUUGAAAAAGAGCCGUCGAAAUUUGCUAUAAAAUCCGGAACAUCCAUGGCUUGUCCUCAUGUAACUGGUGCUGCGGCUUUCAUUAAGUCCAUACACCCUGAAUGGACACCUUCCAUGAUUAAAUCAGCUUUGAUGACAACAGCAAUUGUUGCUGAUAACAUCGGGAAAGGUUUAACAAAUAGUUCCGGAGACAUUGCUAAUCCACACGAAACUGGAGCUGGGGAGAUAAGUCCAGUAAAAGCCCUUGAUCCAGGACUCGUAUUCCCAACCACUACAGAGGAUUACUUUCAUUUCUUAUGUUAUUGUGGAUAUAAAGAGAAAGUCCUUCGAUCUAUGUCAAGCACAAAAUUCAGUUGUCCAAAGGAUACUUCAGACGCGAUAAUAUCCAACAUAAAUUAUCCAUCCAUCUCCAUAGGUGAACUGAAACGUGAUCACGAAAAAAGAGUUACUAGGCAUGUUAUCAAUGUUGGAUCAUCAAAUGCAUCAUACACCGCCACUGUACAAGAUCCAGAAGGCUUAAAGGUAAAUAUAUUUCCAAAGCAGAUAGAUUUUCACAAGGGUUCUACCACAGCUAUAUUCAAUGUUUCAUUCCAUGGGAAACAAGCUCAGAAAGGCUAUAAUUAUGGCUCAUUAAAUUGGUUCGAUGGUGUACACAAUGUUCGAGUUGUAUUUGCUGUAAAUAUCGUAGAUUGAUUGAGGAACCACAAUCCCACACGCACACCAACAAUAUAACCAAUAAUUUAUACAUUCCUUACAAAUGAUAUAUAGGAAAAAGAUUCAUUCUUUCUGCUAAAUGUAUAAUAUAUGCUGUAACAUGUGUAUAUUUCAUACUUACCUCGAUGAUUUAUCAUUUGAAUA